UAAAAGUCGCAGUCGCUAAUCUGCUUUCGUCGCGGUCGGUUGUGUCACGCAUACACAAAAUACGCGAAUUUUCUACUUAAGCUAAAAAUAGCCCUAACUGUAAAAGACCUAACGGUAAACAUCGGACGCUGUCCCGUGCAGUGUCGGCUGCCCGAAACAACGAACAACAAGGGGUCUGCGACAAACCAAAUAUACUCGUUGCCCACCAGGGCCACACUUAUUACCCCUCUACGUGCGCGUCACUGCACACGAGGGGAAAUAAACGCCGUGCUCAGCUGAUAUUCUGCUUCGAAAAUAUAACAAAGUUAACAAAUACGAAUUAAAAUGGACAAAAACCUUUCUGCUAACUCUCAGCUUAGAAAUAAGCCGAUUGAUUAUGCAAGAAUGUGCCAAAUAGCUGGGAAAACACCUUUUGAGCUGAGGGCUGAAUUCAAUAACCAACGCCUAUCAUGCACUGAUUCUCAGAAUCUCAGCACCAUGACAACAACAAUCACAUUUACUAGUGCUACUUGUAGCACAGUAUAUACCACCGCAACUGCUGCAAUUAACAGCGCGAUCCCUAGCGGAAGAAUGGAUAGUCAGGCAGCCGGCUUCCCACCUGACUCUGUAAAACUCACUGGAGCUGCUACAAAACUGGCAGCAGCCCAGAAAAUGCUUAAAACUAAAAGGAAGAUACCUCUAUCUCCCAAUAACAAUAACAAAAGAGCAAACAGAGUUGAGGUCUCACACUCCGCUUCAACUAAUAUGGCAAAAUCCAGUAACAGCUUUGCUUUACUGGACAUGGAUAUGGACGCAACCAGUGAAGGCGAGGAUGAUGUGAAUCCCACUGCUUCUAUUGUUGAUCAUAGCAACACUGCUGAUGCAAUUGAUACAGUCAACAGCCAUCAGAAUAAAGAACCCAGCAACAACCAACAGACUCUCGGGUCAUCUAAGCCACCGCAAAUCGUUUCAAGAUCAACCAAGGAGUGACGGCUAGAAUAUUUCCCAAAGAUAGCGACACUUACAGAGCUAUCGUAAGCCAUUUUGAUGCGAUAGGUAUUGAGUUCCAUACGUAUCAGAUGAAGGAAGAAAAACCUUACAGAAUUGUAGUAAGAGGGCUACACCAUAGUACCUUGAACAAUGAAAUAAUUGCCAAUUUUAAAAAAUAUGGCUUCGAUGCUCUGCAAAUUCACAACCCAAGGUCACGGUCAAACAGGGAUGCAAAAUUAAAUAUAUUUUUUGUAAACAUAAAACCUUGUAAAAACAUUAACGAAGUUUACAAUAUAAAAACACUUUGCCGCCAAAUGGUGAGAGU